AUGCACGGAGACUACGAAGCACAGAGACACUGGAUGGAGAUCGCUGCGCAUUUGCCCAUGUCACAGUGGUACUUUUACGACCUGCAGUACUGGGGACUUGAUUAUCCGCCGUUGACCGCUUACCACAGCUGGGUAUUUGGCAAGAUCGGAUCUUUCAUCAACCCCACGUGGUUCGCUCUAUAUUCCUCCAGAGGCAUCGAAGAACAAUUGCUCAAAGUGUACAUGCGCGCUACCGUCAUAAUAUCCGAAUAUCUCCUUUACAUACCACCCAUAGUCACUGGAAACUUCAUCCUUGGCAAGCUUGAAAACGUAACAUCAUGGGAGAGCUCUAUCGCUCUUGUCGGAAUUCUCAUGCAGCCAGCAACCAUCCUCAUCGAUCACGCCCACUUCCAAUAUAACACUGUGAUGCUUGGCUUCGUUGCCGCCACAGUCAGCACCCUUCUGUCUGAAAACUUCGCAUUUGCCAGCAUAUUCUUCGUCCUCGCCUUGAGCUUCAAGCAGAUGGCUUUAUACUACGCACCGGCGAUCUUUUUCUACCUCUUCGGCAUCUCACUAUCUCCCUCCUUCCGACCUCUCCGCCUCCUCAGUAUUGCCAUCAUGACCAUCCUCUCCUUCGCUCUGGUCGUCCUGCCCUUGGUAGUGGGAACAUUCUACGACCAACGCAGAGGCAUCAAUCCGCCGCUUGACCGCUCAGACCGGCAGAUUAACCCACUCUUCUCAACUUUCUCUCCGUAUAUCAAUCCCUCGUCAAUAUACUACCCCUACAUCCUCCAACUAUCCCAACUCCUCCACCGCGUCUUCCCCUUCGCACGUGGAAUCUUCGAAGACAAAGUCGCCAAUCUCUGGUGCUGUAUUCACCUCGUCCAUAAACUCCACAACUACCCCACGGCACUCCUCCAACGUCUCAGCCUCUUGACCACCCUUGUCGCCAUCCAGCCCGCCUGCAUGCUCAUCUCUCUCUUCCCGCGACGCAACCUCAUUCUCUGGGCACUAGCAAGCACAAGCUGGGGCUUCUUCCUCUGGAGUUUCCAAGUACACGAGAAGAGCGUGCUGCUCCCUCUGCUGCCCAUGACGCUCCUACUGGGCGGCCAAGGAGGCCUAGGAGUCGAGUUGAGAGCAUGGAUAGGCUUUGCCAACUUACUUGGCACCUGGACACUAUUCCCCCUCCUCAAGCGCGAUGAGUUACGAGUCCCGUAUUUCGUCCUGACGCUCCUUUGGGCAUACCUCCUCGGCCUCCCGCCCACAAGCUUCUCCUGCUAUUUUGGCCCUCAAGCAGCAAAAGGCGGUCUCAAACCCCUAACCAAGCUCCUGCAUCUAUUAUUCUACACGGUGAUGAUCGGAUGGCAUAUUGUGGAAGCAACGCAACAGCCACCGCCGGGCAAGCCGGAUCUAUGGGUCGUCUUGAAUGUUGUUAUAGGUGCAAUUGGCUUCGGCGUCUGCUACCUCUGGUGCACGUGGCAAACAAUCCUUCGUAGCGGCGUGCUAGAGGAGUGGUUUGGAUACCGGGCUGAGCAGGAGGGCAAGAGUUUGGAAGACCGGGCGAAGGCGUUGCCCUUGCCUUGGCCCUUGUCUAAGGCGAAGGAUAGCGUAGCAGAAAAAACCAGCUCGGAAAAAGAUGCGGUGGCGAGGAAAGAGAAGAGUCCAAGUCCGACGGAGAGGAGGAAGACACGAGGAAAGAAGAAGAGCUGA